AAAUAUUUUUAAUAAGUUUAAUAAAAAAUAUAAAAAUCUUAAGAAAUGUUUUUAGAAAUAGACUUUGUUAAAAAAUUGGAGGAAAAAAAUAGAGAGGCGAAGAGGCCAAAUGAAGAGGAAAAAGAGGAUAAAAAGAGGCAGAAAAAGACAUAUAAGUGUACAUUUGAAGGGUGUAAUAAGGCCUAUUCUAAGCCAUGUCGUAUCGAGGAACAUAUAAGAUCACAUACGGGAGAGAGACCAUUUGUAUGUAACUAUAAAGGGUGUGAAAAGGCUUUUUUUAGAAAGUCGCAUUUGAAAGCGCAUAUUCAUUCACAUAUUAAUGAGAGACCAUAUUUUUGUAAAUUUAAAGACUGUAUGGCGAGGUUUAAUACAAACCAGCAUUUAAAGAGACAUGAAGCUAUUCAUCUUAGAGAGACGCCUUAUAAGUGUACCAAAUAUCCGCCAUGUGAAGCGGAAUUUCAUAAACAUCAUCAGCUUUUGAUCCAUAUUGCUAACACACAUACACAUAAAAAACCGUUUCUUUGUAAAUAUGAAGAAUGUAAAAAGUCAUUUGACACAGGAUCUAAACUUAACUCUCAUAUAUCUCGUAUUCAUGUACCAGUUGCAAGCUAUUUCUGUGAAAUAGAAGAUUGUGAUCAAAAAGAGGGGUUUUCGAAGUUAUCAUUAUUACAAAAACAUUUAAAAAAUGAUCAUUCAGUGAUAUGUAAAAUAUGUAAUAAGAAAUUUACGUCAAAUACUCAAUUAAAAAUUCAUUUACAAGUUCAUGAAAAAAGUUUAGAAGAAAGGAGAUUAUAUCAUUGUUCUAUAGAUAAUUGCCAGAAAGGUUUUACGAGGUCUUUUGCCCUUCAAAAACAUAUCGAAAUUGUUCAUCAACAUAAAAAGGAAUUUGUAUGUAAUAUUGAUAACUGUGACAUGAAGUUUGGAUACAAAAAGUUAUUGAUAGCACACCAAUUACAUGUUCAUAAUCAAUUCGAAGAAAAUGAUACAAAAAAGAUAAAUUCAAAAGUACCAACUAAAAUUAGUCCAGUAAGUCUUUUAACAGGAUUCGAUUAUUCAGGAACUGGAAGAGACAUUUCAUGUCUUGUUCAGGGAUGUAAAUGGCAAUUUUUAAAGGAUUAUGAUCUAAAAAGACAUAUAAAAAGCUAUCAUUCUGAUAUAAUAAUUUAAAAUAAUUAAAUUCUUUUUUUCAAAUUCCAUCUGUAUAAGAA